AUGCGUCUCUCCGUUAACCUUCUUUCUCUUACCUUUGCAACUGUGCAUUGUCACACUAUCCAUGCCGCCACCACACGCCAAGCCCGUCAAGCCGCCGCCGGGCUCCCCUCCUCCCAGAACCUCACCGGCGCCAUCUUCAGCGGCGACGCCACAUCUCCCAACCCCAUGAGCCCCAAAACGCGCUACGCCCCCUACGCCGACACCCUCCACCUGGACAGCGGCAACACGCGCAGCUCAGACACGCUCGGCCCGCUCGGCUUCAACAUCACUCCAUCCACCUGGCCCGCCCCCAAAUCGCCUUUUUUCUGGGACAACACGACCGGCACCAGCCUCACGUCGAUCGCCCUCUGCGACGGCUCCCGCGCCUGCAUCGCGGCGCUCGACCCGCGCACCCUCUCCACCCUCGCCUCCUGGUCGCCGCCGGACAAUCAGACGCUGCAGAUAACGUACCUGCAAGUGCGCGGGACGAGCGUCAUCGCGCCGACGGCCGAGGGGCGGCUGUACGUCGUCGACCGCGAAACGCACGCCAACAACGGCACCGUCGCCUUCCAAACAACUCGCCAGAUGGACGUCAGCGCGCACAUCCCCACAGGCCAGACGGUGCUGGGCGCGGCGUGGGACGCAGCGGGCAACGUCUGGUUCGCUACAGGCGGCAUCGUCGGCGUCGACGACGCGUCUGCGAACGGGACGACGGUGGGAUACGUCGCGGCGGACGAUGAUGGCAGCGUGUACGUCGUGUCGAUCGACAACCAGGUCGCGGAGAACAACAUGGCCGUGUCGGGGGAGACGGUGUACAUGUCGACGGGGCCGGCCGGGGCGGAUGACCACGCUGACGCGGUGGGCUAUCUGCUCGGUUUCCAGGCAGAUCGCGAGAAGGGGGUGCGCACCGUGUUCAACGAGAGUUACGAAGCCGGGAGUGGAUUGAAGCCUGGCGCGUUUGCGCGCGGGAGCGGAUCGAGCCCCGGGAUGGUGGGGGACGCGUACAUUGCCGUUACGGACAACGCGGACGGCCGGAUUCACCUGAACGUGUACAAACAGGUAACGAACGGAUACGUGCUGGACGCCGCCGGUCAGAAGAACAGGGUCUGCUCCCUCCCGCUGUUCGGCGUGAAUGCGAGCGCGAACGACAACGCGCUAGUGACGCAUUGGGACGGCGAGACGGGAGAGGCGAGCAUCGUGGUGACCAACUCGUUUCAUCAGCCGACCAUGCUGAAUCUCAGAGAUGGUCUCCCCGCGGAUAUCAACGAUGCAGCUUGGAAUGAUCUAACAGUCAUGCCGGGCGAGUUUCUGUCGGUGGCUGUAGUUCCCGAGGGAAAUGGGACAAGGUGCGAAGUUGUGUGGGAGAAAAAGGAAUUCUAUCAGACGAGCAUCCCGAUACUGUCCACGGCUGCAGGAUUACUGUAUACGUAUGCGUUGGAUGGCGAACUAGCGAAGGAAGGGAGUUGGAUGUGGUAUUGGGUGGCACUGGAUGCUCGGACCGGCAUUGAGCGCUGGAGGGUCAGAGCAGGUGCCGGAGGGACCUACAACAACAACGGGAUGCUACCGUACUUGGGGCCCGAUGGCGCGUUGUGGAUUGCGACGGUUGCGGGGACGGUGAAGCUGCAGGAUAAGGCGUGA